AUGCGGGUUAAAGACCAUAAUGUCCAAACUGGCGCUGAACCUAAAUCUUGUAAAUUCUUCGAAAGGUUUGAAGAGUUCGGUGAAAAACCUAAUGUUAAACCAGUUUCCUUGGCUUCAAAUAGAAGAAAACGCUUGCUUGAGAACGAUUUGGUGGCAGAGGGAGACUCGAGUGAAGAAGACCGAAAACAAAAUCCUCAGGAAAAGAGGAAAACGAAGGCAACAAAAUUAGAGAAGCAGAUGAAAGCUUGCGCUGAUCUAAUGAUUGAGCAUAGCAACAAGAAACGGGAAGAUCAAAAUAAAAGACAUGCUGAGAACCAGCAGAUGCUAAGCAGAAUGCUGGAGGUCAAUACUCAAUUCUUCGACAAAUUAGUUGAGAAGUUGUAA